AUGAUAGCUUCUAAGUUAGGCAUAAAAGAGCUUGUUCCUCAGUUUUUGGAUCCAGAACUGUCGGAUGAUGAUGUCAAAACAGGUGUCAGUUUUGCAUCGGCGGACUCGGGGUUUGACGAUUUGACUUCUAUGAUAUCCAAUGUCAUUCCUGUGAUGAAGCAAAUUGAUCUUUUCAAAAAUUACAUUCAAAGGCUUCAAGGGAUUGUGGGUGUGGACGAAAGCAGAAGGAUUAUUGGUAAUGCUUUGGUUGUUAUCAGUGCAGGAACUAAUAACUUAAACAUUAAUUUCUAUGACCUUCCGACAAGACAACUACAAUACAAUAUUAGCGGUUACCGAGGUUUUAUACAGAAUAGACUACAAAGCUUGAUCGAGGAAAUUUACCACCUUGGAUGCCGUUAUACAGUCGUCGCUGGCCUCCCUCCGGUUGGUUGUCUUCCCAUUCAAGAGACUAUAUCAUUUCAAAAUCCCUUCCACCGAGUACGUUUUGAGGAUCAAAAUUCAGAUUCCAAAGACUACAACCAAAAGCUUUCAAAGCUACUCAGCAAUUUACAAUCACAACUACAUAGAAGCACGAUUUUGUAUGCUGGCAUUUAUACCCCUCUCAUUGAUAUGGUCAUUAAUCCUAAAAAAUAUGGUUUUGAGCAUAUAGAGAAGGGUUGUUGUGGAAUUGGAUUAGUAGAAGCGGGGCCUCUAUGUAAUGUAAUUAUCCCAACGUGUAAAGAUCCAUCAAAAUUUAUGUUCUGGGAUAGCAUUCAUCGGACUGAAGCAGCCUAUAAGUUUGUCACUAAAUCGCUUCUCAAACAAUUUUUGAAUCAUCUAAAUUUAAACGGAUGGUAUUUUAGCUAG